AUGAGUGAUUCCUACGCGAGCCACAGCAACAAAGACGGAAGAUACGGCCUCCACUUUUAUUACGGUAAUUCUUGGGAUAACCGUACAUCCGAACCGGCAAUGGAAUCUGAUGUGCAAGUUCCCGCGUGUACGACGACGACGACGAGGACGUCAUCGGCAAUCGAAUGGUCUGCGGAUGCCGUCCGAAGAACGUUACCAUUCAAUCAAAUCCCUCUACACCGACCCCCCGAGUUCUAUGAAGCCUCUAUCCAGGAAACGUCUACCCUCGGUGACAUCGGACGGCGGUCUGAGAAUGGAGUCAGCGUACUUCCAGAGUCUUACCAGCCUUCAUUACGAUCAAGUGGCGACCGCGUUACUGAGCGCCAUCCGAUGUCAUAUGUAUCCCGACUGCCAACUCAUGGCGCGCUACCGCAUAGCGGAUAUGUCAGACUUAACCCGCUUCGAUAUGCACAUCUACCCCUGUAUUUACAACAAGCAUUACUCUAUGAACCAACAGAAGAAGAGCUGGCAGAACGCGCACACCAGCCUGUACCUCCCGAGAAACUUUCUAAAUACUCCGAGCUCUCCCCACAUUUGGAAUUUAUGCAACGGCUUAAACUCGAAGAAAUGAUGGAAAAGAAAUCCAGAAAUUUGGCUCAGUGCACUUCAACGGCAGCAGCAGCAGUUCUUCCAUCUAAUGCUCCUAGGUCACCAAAUGACAUCGGAGAUGCUAUCGCUCAUCCACGUAGCGUUUCCCAGAGCACCCAUGGUACUUCUCACACAUCCAACCUGACAGCAACCCCAGCGCCUCUACCCAACUUGCUAAUUCCGGAUGCUCCUCCCCCGAAGAAGCGCAGGCGAAGUAAGCAGGCCACUGGUAAAAUGGACUCCCCAUUAGACGAUACAAUGGAGGUUGAUCAAUCUUCCAAUCCUGCGACUGACCUUGGUGGUCUUUUGGGAAAUGGGCAGAUAUCUCCCAUUUCAAAUUCCUCCGGUGAGAUCAAAUACAUCAAGUUGGACCCUAGGAAAGGAGCACUGGCAUGUACAUUCUGCCGGGAGCGUAAGAUUUCAUGCGGGAGGCCGCCUCCAGGGAGCCCCGACCAAACUUGCAAUGUGCUCGUCGCUCGUUCAAUUGCGAGUACACCGCUGACUUACCGAUUGGACCCAUCUCCAAAAGCACGACCCGACGACGACGCCGAUCAUCUGCGGGGGGCGCUUCCCCUUCUAAAUAAUGAAGCAAUCUUUUCAGGCAUGCAAAUUAAGGUCACCGACUGGGACAUCGACAGGUAG